AUGUCACGUACUGUGAAUGUCGCACUUGACUGGACCCCCAACACCAAUCACGGCGGCCUCGCGCUCGCCAUCCAGGAGGGCUGGUUCCGAGAGGCCGGCCUGGACGUGCGGCUGGUGUCGCCCCAUGCAGACAACUACGAGGCGACGCCGGCGUCGCGGCUUGAGGCGGGGACGGCGCAGUUUGCCAUCGUGCCCAGCGAGUCCGUCAUCAGCUGGCACACCUGGCCCGGUGAUGCCAAGCCCAAGAUCAAGGCAGUGGCCACACUGCUGCAGGGCAGCGCCCACGCAAUUGUCACCCUCAAAUCCAGCGGCAUCGACCGGCCCUCCCUCCUCGAUGGCAAGACAUACGCCAGCUACGGGGCGCGCUACGAGGGGCGCAUCGUGCAGGAGAUGAUAAGGAAGGACGGCGGCAAGGGGGAGUACGUCGAGUCCACGCCCCCCAUGCUGACCAUUUGGGACACAUUCUUGAAGGGCGGAGCCGACGCGACCUGGAUCUUCUUGCCCUGGGAGGGCGUGCUGGCCAAGAGGGCGGGGGUCGAGCUCAACGCCUUCAACCCCGCGGACUACCUGGACUACGGCCACUCACCGGUCAUAGCCGCGCACCCGGACUUCCUCAGGGACUCUCCAGACGUGGCGCGCGCCUUCCUCGCGGCCGCCGCCCGCGGCUACCGCCACGCGGCCGAGCACCCCGCGGACGCCGCCGCCGCGCUCUGCGCGUACGUGGAUGCGGGCGUGUCUGCGGGCGAGUGGCCGCCGCUGCCGACGCCGCUUGACCCGGCGAUGGUGGCAGACAGCGCCGCGGCUGUAGCGCCCCACCUGCUGGGGCCCCAGGGUUGGGGCCGGAUGGAUCUGGAGAGGUGGUCAAAUUUCCUGGCAUUCCUGGACAGCGCGGGGCUGCUGACGGCCAAGGUGCAGUCGCGCGCCUCGGGGCCCGACAACGCGACACUCGACGAGCUGCGCAGCCCUGGCGGCGGAGGGGAGCGCGUCGCGCCGCCGCCGGCUGACAACCUGGCCACGAACGAGUUCCUGCCUUGA